UCUCAACCUGACCGUUGAGCCGCGAGCUAUUCAAUCCCCAGAUCAACUGCGCGUCCUCCUUAACUCAAUUCUGGCUGGUCGCGCAUCUCCAUCAACAACGUCAUGGCCUGCCCCAUCACCAUUUCCAAGUUUGUCGGCACGGUCUCGCUCGGCUUGCUGACGGGCCUUUCAUACUCCACUGCCACCAUCACCAUCCCCUCCCUCCAGCUCCUGCCGACCGCUUCCACCGCCUCCCGCUGCCUCAAUGAAGUGAAGCGCCUCAACCGCAAGCAUGCGCUGCGACUCUCCAGUCUUGCCAAUACCUGCCUGCUCUUCGCAUACUGUGUCUCGCCGCCGCGCCGUCAACAUCCAUUCCUGGUAUGGAUGUGCGUCGCUUCUACCGCUAGCUCCUAUGGUCUGGACCUCUGGUUCAAUCGGCACAUGGGCCUGAAGAACUGGUUCUUCAGCAUCAUCUACGAUACCACCUGCGUCUCUUUGUGCAAUACAUCCUCGGCAAAGAAGGAUGAAGAUCUCGUCGUUGUCGAGGCCGAGGACGAUGUGAAUGGGGAGAGCGUCCGGCGCGAGAUGGAUACGGAACGCCGUCUACAACGGGCGAGAGCUUGGUUGGCGGGAGUUGCUUUGUCGGUGGGAGUUGUCGGUCUGUGGGGAGACAAGAAGUAAAGUCGUUGAUGCAACGUGUCUACUUAUCUUGAGUGGAGGUGUCUGGUGGAUUCGUUUCCAGCCGGCCAUGAUCAACGGAUCUCAUAUGUUUUGCCUAUUUUCUUUCUAUUUCCUGCUUUGGCGCUAGGGUGAAUAGUGAUUGCUCACGGGAUUCUCUUUAUUUCUGAAUGAUUUAAUUACUAUGCUGUACAAACUCAAUAAAUCGUCAACUGUUCCUUCUGCACUAAAAUUGAGACGACGUUCUAUUGAUGCUCCCAAUGG